AGUGUUCAAGUAAUAUCAAGCUAUAAAAUCCCACCAGGUGAGUCGCCAAUCCCCAACUCAUCUCAAAGUUUCAUCAAUGGAGAAGGAAAUAAACAUCUUCAAAUCCAAGUUAAACAAUUUGAAUGAAAUGAAAGAGGUUUAUGCCAAGCUUCUGGCAAACGACGCCCAGGGCUUGAAAAAGAUUUACCAGAAAAACCCUGGAGCGUUGUUCGAUCGAGUCACCGUGUGUAGGGACACCAUAUUUCACGUUGCGGCCUACAAAGGGAGCGAUGGAAUGCUCGAAAUGCUGGUGAAAUUGGUGCCCCACACGAGGAGACGUGAGCUGUUGAAGAUGAAGAACAUCUAUGGCAACACGAUUCUCCAUGAAGUGGUCACCUCUGCCAACAUCAAAGCGGCUGAUUUGCUGAUCGGCGAGCUGUUGUUCUGCGAUGGACCGUCGAACCACGAGACCGAUGUGCUCGAACGGGAGGCGAUACUGGCGGAUCGGAACAAGUUGGGGGAGACCCCGUUGUUCAGAGCAGCGGAAUAUGGGAACAAACUAAUGGUGAUGUAUUUGGCGAGAGAGAUUGAACGAGUGGGGAAUAUUCAUAAGCAUUACACCAGAGAUGAUGGAGUCUCCAUUCUUCAUAUUGCAGUCGUCGGCCAACACUUUGACACUGCUAUUUGGUUUGUGGAAAAGGAUCCAAAACUUGCAACCUACAAAGACAACAAUGGGAAGACGAGCCUUCACCUCCUGGCUAGCAUGACCACUGCUUUUAAGAGUUCUUCUUUUUCACCCACCAUGUUCGAGAAGCUCGUCUAUGAUAGCAUUCCGAGAGAAGCGUGUUAUGGCGAUGGCAUGGAUAAACUUCCGGUAGCUCUGCGAAACAAAGAUUUGGAACAGGCCGAGCCGAGUCAGUCGGUCCACUCCAAAGGUUUCAAUUGGUGCGGCAGGCGCCUUGCUAAAGGAUGGAAAAUGCUUGAUCGGAUGUGGAAACAAAAGCAAAUGCAUUUAUCAGCUGUUAAACUGACGAAGCUUUUGGUGCAAACCGAUUUGUCUUGGUUCGAGUCUCAUGAACCACAAGAGGAUGAUACAAUUUGCUUGGAAAGAAUGGAAGGUAUAGAAGGGGUGAUGGAAAGUCCGGUGACCGAUAAAGAGAGGCGUUCGGAACCCGAUACGCCAUUGUUUAUAGCGGCCAGCACGGGGAUCGUUGAGAUUGUGAAGGAGAUACUCCGGCAAUACCCUCAAGCAGUUGAGCACAUCAACAAAUCAGGACAAAACAUAUUGCAUACCGUCACUUUACAUCGUUCAUACAAAGUGUAUGAACACAUUAAGUAUCGAGAAGAGAAAAACAGGUUGGCUCGAGGGAUCGACAAAAAUGGUUGCACCAUAUUGCACCAUGCUGCUGACACCAAAUAUUAUCAGGGUGGAACCAAACCUAGCCCUGCUCUCAAAUUGCAACACGAGUUGGAAUGGUGCGAGGAUGUGAAAAAUCUGGUUCCUAAGCAUUUCGAGCUGCACCGAAACAAGGACAACAAGACGGCAUCUGAGUUGUUCAAUGAAAUGCACGAGGAGCAACUUAAAUCGGCACAAGAGUGGGUGAAGAACACCUCUCAAUCAUGCUCUACAGUUGCUGUUCUCGUGGCCACCGUCGUCUUUGCCGCUGCGUUCGCCCCACCAGGCGGCUUCCACCAAGACAAGGGAGAUCCAAUUCUCCUCGACCGCAAAAAGCCUCUCUACUCGUUCUUCACCGUCAUGGAUGUGGCGGGCCUUGCAAGCUCCUUGACCUCGGUGGUGAUCUUCCUCUCGAUCCUCACUUCUUCACUCGAAUUCAAAGAUUUCAAAUCAAAAAUCCCUCGGAAUCUCUCACUCGGAUUCACUUUUCUAUUCUUCUCCGUCACUUCGACGAUGCUUACUUUCACGGCCACGAUUCUUCUGCUCCUUCAUUUCAAGAAAAAGUGGACUGCAAGUUUAACAUACGCGGCUGCGUUCCUUCCCAUCUGCAUAUUCGCAUUGUUCCAGUUCCCUCUGUAUUAUGAGUACUCCAUUGCAGCUGCGAAGAGCAUUUUUGAUUUCCUCAGGAAGAAUAUGCCUGGAAAUUGGGAGUUUCUUCGGAUUAAAGAUGAUUAUUGAUUUAAGAACCCAGAAGAUUCGAAUUCGAGAGGCUAUGCAUUAAAUAUUACUAGUGUUUUUAUUUUUCCUGGAUUUGUUUGUCUCAUUAAGCCUUGAUAAUAUUCACUAAUGCCAUGGGCAGAACUUUCUUCCAUCGGUUCUUUGAUAAAUAAUUCGA